ACCAAAGAUAACAUAACAAGUUAACAAUAACACAUCAAAUUCCCAAACAAAGAACAUGUAUGCUUCUACUUCCUUUACUUCACAACAUGUCCAUGACAUUCUUGUAGAAGCUCACUCAAGAAGGCUACUCUUCCAAAAUCCAAUUGAUCAUCAAUCACUUAAAAUCAACUCUCCUGUUUUUACAAACAACCACAAUUCAACCGACUCGUAUUUUGGAAGCACCGAAUUUGGUUCAAAUGUUGUGAUGAUAAUUGCAAUCAUAUUAUGUGUGUUUAUUUUUUCACUUGCAUUAAACUCCAUCAUAAGGUGUGCUUGUGCCUUAAGGAUUUCAAACGUAGCCAACAACAGUAACGAGUCUUCUUCGAGUAGCAGCUCUUCAUCUCAAGUGGCUAAAAAAGGAAUCAAGAAAAAAGCUCUUAAGAAAUUCCCAAAAGUGACUUAUUCAACUGAGUUGAAACUACCAGGUUUGGAUACUGAGUGUGUGAUAUGUCUCUCCGAGUUUACAAACGGUGAAAAAGUGCGCAUUUUACCUAAAUGCAACCAUGGUUUUCAUGUUCGUUGCAUUGACAAAUGGUUAAAGGAACACCCAUCAUGUCCCAAGUGUAGACAAUGUGUUCUUGAAACUUGUAGAAAGAUUGGUGGGUCGCAGGUGCAACCGAUUUUGUUGCCAGUGCCAGAAAUUAUUAUACAGAUCCAACCACUAGAUCCUGAAAUUUUGGAGCGUAAUUAUAGAGAAAUAUAAGCUAAUUGUAAUUACAAUCUAUUAAUUCAUUUGGUUAUGGAGAAGGAAAGUUCAAAUGCGGUGAAUUACAAUUUGAAAUUUUCUUUUGCUUUACUUUGACCUCAAAUGUAAUGUUAAUGUUAUAUUAGGUAAAGUUUUGAUUUAGUAUAUAUUCACAAGAAAAGUAUGGUGUAAUUAUUUGAAAUUUUGAAUCGAGAAUACAUAAAUCUUCGGCUAAUUAUUU